AAAAGAAUAUGAAAAUACAAAAUAUUACGAUAUCACAAUAUUCAUUUGAGUCAGCUCCAUCCAUACCAAUCAACUUCUAUACAACCUUAUUUUCUCUUACUACUAACUAACUGGGAAAAUACAUUACUAUGAGGCUUCUGAAUUGCAAGAAUAUGCAGAUGAAGGAGUUCUUUGACAGUGAUAUUCCCUCAUAUGCGAUCCUCUCUCAUACAUGGGGCGAUGAUGAAGUUUCGUAUCAGGACUUCCGGGACGGGUCCUAUCUGGAGGAAGGAUCCGGGUUCACGAAAAUCCGAGGGUUUUGUGCCAAAGUGAGUCUCGAUUGGGGUCAUUUAAUCAGCUGGGUAUGGAUAGAUACAUGCUGCAUUGAUAAAUCAAGUAGCGCCGAGCUCUCUGAGGCUAUCAACUCUAUGUUCCGUUGGUAUCGACGUUCAUCAAUGUGUUUUGCCUACCUUUCAGAUGUGGAGUACUCUGGCUCUUUGGACGAUGAGAACUUGGCUUUUAGAUAUAGUCGCUGGCAUACGAGAGGUUGGACGUUGCAGGAGCUUCUAGCGCCGCGAGUUAUGCAAUUUUGUGAUAAGUCGUGGAAUACCAUAGGGGACAAAUAUACACUCGCCGGAACGAUUGCGGAAGUAACUAAUAUCCCAAUACAAUUCCUGAGGAGAGGGCAGAGUGUACACGAAGCAACAAUAGCACAACGAAUUUCGUGGGCCUCGGCGCGCGUGACUUCAAGGAAGGAAGAUAUGGCGUACUGCCUAUUAGGGUUACUUGAUAUCAAUAUGCCUCUUCUCUAUGGCGAAGGUGACAAGGCGUUUAUUCGGCUCCAAGAAGAGUUGGUUCGAACUACGUACGAUCAUACAAUCCUCGCAUGGGGUCUUAACUGCCCAAUGCCUCGGAUAUCGUAUCCAGCCUUGCCAUUUCCGACCUGUUUCGCUAACUCACCUGCGGCAUUCCGUGCGUGGGAUCCUGAAAUCACAAGUAUCAUUGGCGGGAAACACUAUUCACAAACAAAUCUUGGCAUAUAUAUCGAUUUACGAAUUACCAAGUUUGAAAAUUAUAAAAACAUGGGUCUCGCCUUUCUGGAUUGCGGCCCUGUUGGACGAGAUCCUUCUCAGGUUGUAGGCCUGCCCCUGGAGCUACACGAGCUACCUACUGGUGUAGUACUUGCAACCAGAGCGUAUAGCAAUGCCCCAUUCCUCGUACCUCUUAAAUCAGAUUGUUCCAGAACACCCGUUUACCUUCCUUUAAAGAGGUGGCAACCACCAUCCGGACUCGCCUUUAAUGUAGCGAUAGAGCUGGCACCUUUCAUUGAUCUCGGCUAUUACCUUGCCGAUUUCUUUCCCACUCCGUCUAUUACAUACCCCUCCAUUACAAACCGGGCUGAGGACAGUCUUGUUUUCAAAGAUGAAGUCAACUGUCAGAGGCUAUUUCGUCUUUGCCAUCCGAGUUAUACCACCAUUCUCCUAUUUAUCGAACCUACUCAUUCUGACUUGCAUCCCGAGAUCAAAGCUGAGCUAAGAGUUGCUCCUACGACGAGAACUCUUACUUCGUGGCAUUUGCUCAUCGAGCCCGAUUUUGACCGGGUUGGUUUCGACGAGCUAUAUAAAUCUGUCUCGUGGACCUUAAGGGGGCAUUUGACAUCCAGUAAUGACUGGGUUUACACGGGGGAACUUAGCAUUGACAAGGAUGAGAUUGUGGCCUUAAGUUCGGUGGUCUGACUGGAUAUUUAUAUAUAAUAAUAACACAUAAUUUCCUGGAGGGUAUUUCUUGAUGCGCUAGAAAGGCAUAAACAAAGGCCCUCAAGGUUGAAUUCUAGUUAUAAUUAUUUGGUUAAUAAGUUGAUAGGAGAUCCACAUUGUCGGGGUUUCUGAGCGGAAAGGGACGGACGGUACCUACGCGGCAGCUUGAAUUUACCCGCGCUCCUGUUACAUUGUUGAUUGUUGUAUUGGAUUAGGUUAGGUACUUUCUAGUGUGGGGUACUACAU